GAUAAGUGGACCGUGCGGAGGUGCUGAUCAUCAGGGGGGCGGCUCGAGUCUAUUUGGGGGGUGUGACAGCUUGUGACCGGCUUGUUUUUUGAGGAGGGCAGGUUGCUUACACGGACCCGGUGUGUUCUGGAUCCACACAGGCGCUGAUGGAUUUGAUGAUCACGAGCAGCAGCCUCCUAAUCUGACCCAUGAUGAUGACAUUCCUCCAGAACACAUGGACACUUUGAGUUGUAUAGCAGGACUGACAUGAAUGACAAACUGGACAGGCCUUACGUGUGCGGCGCCCCAGGCUGUUCUCAGAGCUUCCAGUUAGAGGAACAUCUGCUCAUCCACACACAUAAACAUGAGCUGACCCUCAGGUUCUCUUCCAUCAAGAACGAUGGAGCUUUUACAGACCAGACGCCAACGCCGACUCGAUUUUUGCAGAACUGCGACGAGGUCGGUCUUUUCAAGGAGAUAGAAGAAGAGUUCCUACAGGCAGAAGAGGAGGAAAAGAGCAAACAGGAGACACUUUCCCACAAUGGGCCAUCCUGCUUGAACCAGCACCAUCUCAAACCCCAGCUUCAGCUCCAGCCUCAGCACACACAUCCCCAACCACCGCUGCACCAUCCCCAAACCCAACCCCUGCAGCACCCCCAGUCCCACGGCCCCGUGAUGGGCCCGAGCUGCAGUCUGGCCGUGCAGCAAACUCUGUCCUCUUCCCAGUCUGGAUCGGUCAUCACUCAAGCGCCUUCAACCCUGACUCAUGCAGGGCCAGUUCCUGGACCGCUGUCCUCCCUCCUCCACAUGCAGAACAGACAUAGACAUCCGCUACCAGCCUCCUUGCCUGGAACCCUGCCAGAUCCCGCCAUGCAAGGAGCAUCUGCUCAGCACAUGUUCAUAGAGAAGCAGAUGCCUUGUAUAAUGGGAAUACCAGCCCCCAUCCACAACCUCUCCUGUUCCUCGCCUCAGAGAUCCAAACAAGUGAUGGGUCCCAAUUACCAAAACCACCACUCAGGAAUGGUCACCCUCGGAAACCCCAUGGCAUCCAUGGGUCACAUCAUGGACAUGAUGUCACAACGCCACCAGGCACCUCCAUUGCAACACCACCAUCAUGCCCAUCACCAUCAUCAUUCACAGCUUCCAGCUCCUCCUCUUACAUACCAGCACCAAUGCCAUGCUCCACCUCCACAAAACCUUGGAAACACCCACAACCACCCACUUCACCAGUCCGGGAAUGCACCGCAUGCUCAGGCCCACCAAUCACCCCCGACUCACCUGCACCAGGGGUCACCACCUGCACUGCCCCUGUCUGUUCCGGCGCAGGUAUCACCGGUAGCACAACAGAUCCAGUCCUCACAGCCGCCAAACUCGCAGCAUGCAGUUCAACCAGGUGGGGGCUGCAGCGGUGGCGGAGGAGGAGGCAGUGGCAGCCGUCGCAGGAGAACAGCAGAGCAGGACCCUGAUGAACGACGGCAGAAGUUGGAACGUAACCGGGCCGCAGCAACCCGCUGUCGGCAGAAGAGGAAACUAUGGGUGUCAUCGCUGGAGAAGAAAGCCGAAGAGUUGACGCACACCAACCUGCAGCUCCAGAACGAGGUGACAUCUUUGAUCGAGGUGGGUCAGUUGAAGCAGAUUCUGCUGACCCACAAGGACUGUCCCGUGACUGCCCGGCAGAGAGAGUCACAGGGGUACCCCCAGUGAGUAACAGCUCCUACCCUGAACCCCUCUCUUGAAAUGUCCUCAGCUUUUCCUGACGCAACUACUCUUCAUCCACCACUGAGGAUCUAAUUCAACUACAUUAUCCCUUAUCCCUAUCUUUAUGUAAGGAGAAAAGCCAUAGUCCCUUUCCCCCUAGUUAUACCAGCCCUCAGUACACACACGGACCAUAUACCACAAACACAACCCU